UUUACCGUCUAGCGUUGCCUGUGAUUGGCCAGCAGAUGGCGACUGAUAUUGAGAAUAACAAAUGAUAUUUGUUGUGGUGUUGGCUGGAUCGUGUCUUCUGUGAAGUUCCCGGGAAAUCCUGGGUCUGGCACCUUGGGAGGUGUCCAAGCAGAUUCUACUUUACCGACCCGCUCAGGACCAAGCAGAACUCUGUUUUUAUCAUCACAGGCAGAGCUUCUAAAAGGUACAGCCAUGUCCUAUGUUUUUGUGAACGACUCCUCCCAGACCAACGUCCCUCUGUUGCAAGCAUGCAUUGAUGGGGAUUUCAACUACUCCAAGCGCCUGCUGGAGAGCGGCUUUGACCCAAACAUACGUGACAGCCGUGGCCGCACGGGUCUUCACUUGGCUGCCGCCCGUGGGAAUGUGGAUAUCUGUCAGCUGCUUCAUAAGUUUGGUGCUGAUCUGCUGGCAACUGAUUAUCAGGGCAACACGGCCCUUCAUCUGUGUGGCCACGUGGAUACGAUUCAGUUCCUCGUUUCCAAUGGACUGAAAAUAGAUAUUUGCAAUCACCAAGGCGCCACACCACUCAUCCUAGCCAAGCGCAGGGGAGUGAACAAAGAAGUGAUCCGCAUGCUGGAGUCCCUGGAGGAGCAGGAAGUCAAAGGCUUCAAUAGGGGCUCUCACUCCAAGCUGGAGAUCUUGCAGAUGGCGGAAAGCGAAAGGUAUAUCCAAUGCUCUGAGCUCCUAAUGGAAAAAGGACACAACACCCUGUCGGAAGGAACCUCUGAGGAAGAUUGUGCAAUGGAAAGCCACUCUCUCCUGAAUCCAAACUUACAGCAGGGUGAAGGGGUCCUCUCUAGCUUCCGCACAACUUGGCAGGAAUUUGUGGAGGACCUGGGUUUCUGGAGAGUUCUCCUCCUCCUCCUGGUCAUUGCUCUUCUUUCUCUGGGUAUAGCCUACUAUGUUAGCGGUGUGCUGCCCUUUGUGGAAAAUCAGCCAGAACUAGUGCAUUAGAGAGAUGUAGAAACCUUUCAUGCCCCCAGCUUCCUUAAAUGCAGUCGUCUGUGCUGCAUAAAUAUAUAUAUCUCAGACCACUUGUUGGCCCGGUCUUGGAACUCUGUGCAUUCCGAUCAGAAUCAUCUUGGAUGGAAUGUGUCUUCGUGAUCUUCAAAGAUGUAGUGGGACAUCCCUUCCUUGUGAUUCCGUGCGAAGUGCUUUGUAAGACUGAUUAUCCGGCCAUCUAUGAAGAGUAGAGAAUCCUUAAUUUUUAUGAUAUGCAAUGCCGAAGCAAAUGCUUAUUUCUACGUGUGUGUUCAUGGAUAUUUAUCUAUAGGUUGGACUCUUUUUUUUUUUUUUUUUUUUUUUUUUUUGUCGUCACACCAUUUCCAGCAAUUGUAUGGUUGCUUAUGAAGAGUAUUCAAUCGGUUGCCAUUCAUAGUAUGUAAAUAAUGUAACUAUUAAAGUUAAUGCCUUUUAUAAGGUGGAGAAUGGAGCGUACAGACUUAUUUCUGGGUUAGAUGAUGCUGUAGGUUGAUAUUGUGUCCUUCAUAAGUCUUUUUGUCAUGAAAGAAAGUUUAGUUGGCAUAUUCUUACUAGGGGUCUCCUUUAAACGAAAGAUGGGGGUGCCAGUGAAUGUAAUGAAUGAGGA